AACGAGCGGUUGCAUUAUUUGAAACAGUUCCUGCUCAAGGUCUUCAGAAUUGAGGGUUAUGUUUACAAGGAGUUAUAAUAUUAUGUACAGCUAGUCAUUAACUCUACGUAACUCUUGUGCAUAUUUAUAAAGCUUCUAAGUGCGAUAUAUUCAUUUAGGCAAGAUGGCUGAUGGUGAUUCAAAUCCCAUUUAUCACUAUCAAGAUCCCAAGACAUCAUGUCCAAAAAUGCAUGCCUUUGGCAUGCAGAAUCCAAUGAAGGCUGUUGUAUAUAAAAGCAAUUACUCAGAAACUCGAAAACCAGCAAAUCCUAGAAAAUUCAGAUAUACUAAUGAUAAUAACAGACUGUCAAGAGAACAAAGAUUGUUUUAUGAAGAGAAUGGGUUUAUUGUCAUACCAAAGCUUGUAUCUUUGGAUUACUUGGAAAUAUAUAAACAGCGUUUUCAGGACAUCUGUGAAGGAAAAGUUCAUGUGCCUGGAUUAACUGUUAUGAAAGAUGUAGCAUUUAAUAAAGAUAGACCUAGUGAACACAUCAUCAACAAGAUUCAAGAUUAUAUAUAUGAUGAUGUGCUGUUUGAGUACUGCAGACUGCCUCAGAUUCUCGAUUAUGUGAUGUGCUUUUGUGGUCCUAACAUUAAAGCUAUGCACACCAUGCUGAUAAAUAAACCUCCUGAUGCAGGUACUUUAACUUCACGCCAUCCUCUUCAUCAAGACUUGCAUUAUUUUCCUUUUCGACCGGCUGAUAAGAUAGUAUGCUCUUGGACUGCUUUGGAGAAGGUGAAUCGCGCAAAUGGAUGUUUAGUUGCUAUUCCUGGUAGUCAUAAAGGAGAUUUAUUAGACCACGGAUAUCCAGAUUGGGAGAGUGGAGUGAAUAAAAUGUAUCAUGGAAUUUUGGACCUAAAAGAAAAUGAAAUGGCUAAAAGAGUGCAUUUGGAAAUGGAACCUGGAGAUACUGUAUUUUUUCAUCCACUAUUAAUUCAUGGUUCAGGAGCAAACAGAACAGAUGGUUUCAGAAAGGCCAUAUCUUGUCAUUAUGCAUCGGCAGAUUGUUACUAUAUUGAUGUCGCUGGAACUACUCAAGAAAAUAUAGCCCAUGAAAUUCUAGAUAUUGCAAAAAAGAAAGGUUUCAUGGUGGAUAAUGUAAAGUAUAUCUGGCAAAUACGAGGACGUUUAGUUCGUGGUGUUGAGUCUUCUUUGUGAUGCAUGAUCUUCACUAAAAUAUCUGAUGGAUCAAGUAAACAUUUCACUACUGUAGAGCAGUUAGUGAAUGUCAAAAAAUGAAUGUAUCAAACAUCCUUACAUUGUUUGUUUUUGAUUCUUUUAAAUAUUUUUCCAACAUUUUGUUUUAAAAAUGUGGUUUUUAAACAAGUUUUUCUAAAUAUAUGUUGGAGAUGAAGAUGUUAGAGCUAUUUAGUUCAUACUAUGAAAUUUGAAUUAAUUUGUUAACGAUGAAAAUAAUUUUUUUUAGUUUUAUGUUUUUAAUUUUAUAGGAUUAUGUGCUGUGUGAGUUAUGUUUGAUAUUCUCACUGCUUCGAAGAUUUAUCAUAGGAAUUUUCAGUUAUUUUCAUAAUUCUCAUUGCUCUUAAAGUAUAUCCAUUGAUUGCCAUUUUUGUCAUAUUUAUGAUUAUAUUUUGUUUGGUUAAUGCAAUUUAUGUACGAAAUUAAUAGUUUUGAUGUUGUUUCUUUGUUGCAUAGUUCAAUUCUGAUUAUUUAGGAUCAUUUGCAGUUUUCAAAGUUCCCUGUUGAAAUAUAUAUAUAUGGUUGUUUUGCGUUUGUUAAGUUUAAAAUUUGUCCCGAUAUGUAUAAAUAUAUAAUAUCUGUACUGAGGUAUUUUUAGGUACAGUGCCUUUGUAUUAGAUGAAAUUUUUUCUAUAGUGUUCUCAACUGAAAAAAGUAUGAUGUCUUUUACAGCUUAAGACAAGAAAAUGUUUUAAGAAUUGAAGAAAGCAAAAUUGUAAAUAUAAACUAGGAGAUAAAGUGACAAAUUAGACUUCUUAUUAAAAUUUUACUUUUUUAAAGCUGACCUUAUCUUUUGCAAUACAAAGAUCAUUAUUUUUAU